AUGGAAAAUCCGAUUCAAUUUUGUGCAGCGGUCGUCUGCCGUCAAUCAGCUUCAAACCAGCUCAUCCCGCUGGCCUCCUGCUGCAUCGAUUUGGCGGAAUUACCCGGAAAUUCUGGUAGCGACUCGCUGAUAUCGCGGUACCCGCCAGAGACCAAGGAUCUAUGUGCUGCCCUCUACGCCAGAAUUCGCACCCAUUUCACCAAUCAUGGCCAUUUCGAGCAUAGCGGCUUCGUGAUCCACUACAGCGUCGUUUGCGCCGAGCCGUGCACGCUGAUCUACGCCGCCGUCAGCGAGGGCGGUGAGCCCGAGCCAUCCCGGACGACGGCGCAAAGACUGCUGCUCAAUAUUCAGUCUGGAUUGAUGACGGAGACACAGCUGCUGAUGUUGAUGCCCCAGGCUGCCGACAACGAGCUUCAGCCGCACAUUCAGCCCAUGCUCACACAACUUUUGAUGACGGAGAACAACUCGCAAAACGGGCAGACGCAGCGCAUGCACGAGUUGCGGGCUCAGGUCGAAGAUGUGAAAACGAUCAUGUCGAACAACGUGGAGAUGAUGAUGGAGCGCGGCGAGCGGCUGGAGAACAUCGAGCAGCGCAGCGAGCAGCUCGCCAAUUCGUCGGCCAACUUCAAAAUGAACGCGCGGCGGGUGCAGCGCAAGUUUUGCAUGCUGAACGCCAAGUGGACGAUCAUCUCCAUCGUGUUCGCCGUGAUCCUAUUUGCUAUCUUGAUUGUGCUGAUCCUGAACUGGGCCGGCGUUUUUAAGAAGAACAAU